UCCAUGCAGAGUGUGACCAUGCCCAUGAAACGUAGCAGAGAGGCUUCAGCCACUGAUGGGCUCUUUCCUGUUCACUCGUUCACCAAAACUUUGGAGGAAAAUCACUUGAAUGGACGCUCGCUUUUUCACCAAGAGGACGACUCUGGCAUCAAAUCAGAGGCCGACGACAGCAAUGAGAUGGCAUCCUCUGAGGAAGACCGGGAUCAGGACCAAGACCUGGACGAGAGUGACAAAGCCAGCCUCCCCUGCCCCAGGAAGAACAUCAGUAAGAUGAGCAAAGACAAGAAGAAACAGACACAACUCACACUGCAGUGGCUGGAGGAGAACUACAUAGUGUGUGACGGAGUAUGUCUUCCUCGCUGCAUCCUCUACGCUCACUACCUGGACUUCUGCAGGAAGGUCAAACUGGAGCCCGCCUGCGCCGCCACUUUUGGAAAAACGAUUCGCCAGAAGUUCCCUCUGCUCACCACAAGAAGACUUGGAACAAGGGGACAUUCCAAGUAUCAUUACUAUGGCAUCGGCAUCAAAGAGAGCAGCGCCUACUAUCACUCUGUUUAUUCUGGUAAAGGUUUGACCAGAUUUUCCGGGAGCAAGAUGAAGAAUGAGGGAGGAUUCACCAGGAAAUAUUCUCUGAGCUCUAAAACGGGAACGUUGCUGCCCGAAUUCCCCAGCGCUCAGCAUCUCCUUCUGCAGGGAAACAUCUCCAGAGAAAAGGUGGACACGCUGAUCAUGAUGUACAAAACUCACUGUCAGUGCAUCCUGGACAACGCCAUCAACGUCAGCUUUGACGAGAUCCAGAACUUCCUGCUGCACUUCUGGCAGGGCAUGCCCGACCACCUGCUGCCCCUGUUGGAGAACACGCUGGUCGUGGACAUCCUGUGUGUGUGUGACUCCAUUCUCUACAAGGUUUUGACUGAUAUUCUCAUUCCUGCCACAAUGCAAGAGAUGCCGGAAAGUCUCUUAGCGGACAUCCGCAACUUUGCCAAGCACUGGGAGCACUGGCUGGCCUCCUCUUUGGAGAACCUUCCCGAAGGCCUCGCAGCCAAGAAGCUCCCCAUCGCACGGCGCUUCGUCUCCUUCCUGAAGAGACAGACCUCCUUCUUGCACCUGGCGCAGAUCGCUCGCCCAGCGCUCUUCGACCAGAACGUGGUGACCAACAUGGUGCUGGACAUCGACAACGUGGACCUCCACAGCAUCAGCCUGCAGUCCCUGCUCAGCAUCACGGCCGCCAUCGACCACGAGCACGACGCCUACUCCGAGUACGACGCCAUUGCUGUAUUCCAGGAGCUAAAGGAGCUGCUGAGGAAGAAUGCUACAGUAGAGUCCUUCAUCGAGUGGCUGGACUCAGUGGUGGAGCACAAAGUCAUCAAGCCAGGCAAGCAGACGGGUCGCUCGGUGAAGAAGCGAGCUCAGGAGUUCCUGCUCAGGUGGAGCUUCUUUGGUGCCAGAGUCAUGCACAACCUCACGCUCAACAAUGCCUCCAGCUUUGGUUCCUUCCAUCUGAUCCGGAUGCUGCUGGAUGAGUACAUCCUGUUGGCUCUGGAAACUCAGUUUAACAACGACAAGGAACAGGACCUGCAGAACCUUCUGGACAAACACAUGAAGAAAGCAGGUGCCAGCAAAGCCACCUUUCUGGCAUCUCCCAGUUCCUGCUUCCUAGCCAAUCGCAACAAGGCCAGCGCCACCAGUGACCAAUCGGUGAAGAGCGAGUCACCGUCACAGCCCGCCUACAUGUCUGUAUCCACCAAUCAACAGCAAGGAAUAGAGACCAGCGCCGCCCUCUACCCGACAACAGAUUCUGUUGUCUUUCCUGGUUCAGGUGGUCCUAUGGACUUCUCUCAGGUUUCCACCUCGGUCAUGACACCCCCCAUCUCUCCGGCGGCCUUGGUGCACCGAGGCUCCGUCAUCAACCAGGGACCCAUGGCGGGAAGAGGCCUCACGUCAUCCUCCUUGCCCUCUUCUUCCUCUUCAUCCUCCUCCGCCUCUUACCUCUCCACGCUGACAUCUAUGCCGCAGCCCAGCCCCUGCACCUCUUUCCCGGAACCCCUGUACCCCUGCUCCACGUACUUCCCUGCCACCGGAACCGCAUCCAAUUACCAGCCUGGACUCAGGCCUCAGACCGGGGGUCUGUGUCAGACCACAUCCUUGGCCUACCACCUCCCUUCUCGCUACCCCUCCUUUGACGACCAGCACCACGUGCCCACCAAAGACGUCUCCUAUGCUGACGGCCAUCAUUUCUCCUCCAACCGCGCCGCCGCCUGCUCCCUGACUCCUUAUGCCUCUUCACUCCGACCUACUUCCGACUACAGCUCGGGCUCGGAUCCCAUCCACCCUGGCGAUCAGGGUCUGGAGGCCCAGACGGCAGCUCAGAUCCUGGACUCCGCUGAUGGCUUUGGCUUUGGACUGAACCACUCCGGCGGCGAGUGCCAAGCAUAUUCAGUGGUGGGGCAAAGUGGUUACUAUGGCAACAGCUACCUGGACAGUCAGCGCCUGACCCCGCUGGUGGACCAGCACGUGUCGGUCAUCAGCAGCGUGGGCAGCCUGCGCUCCACCUUUCCUGCAACCUAUUCUGACAUCCACGACCCCCUCAACAUCCUGGAUGAACCGGGAAAGAAAGCGGGGACAUUCUUUAGCGAGGUGGAAAGUGCAACAGGAUCCGCCCCCUGCAUGUAUGCCAUCUCCUCUCCGUUCCCCUCCCAGGAUGUACUGCUCUCCCAGCAUCGCACGCCGACGUCCCACGCCGACGUGCAGGACCUGGUGUCCUCUCUGCCCCCCAUCAACACCGUCUUCAUGGGCGCCGGAGGGGUGCCGUGAGGACCAACAGGGGCAAGGACGGCACCGGUGAGGUAGGCUAACGCCGUGUGACGCCACAAACACGCACCAGGCGAGGAUGCUCGUUAAAGUAGCAGGAGGUUGACUUAAAGACGAGGCUGGACGGAAGGAGCAGCGUCUUCUCCGCCGUGUUUGAACCCAGCAGGCAGCUGCUGUUCUUAUCAGCUGUAAAUAGAAAAAGAUGACCUUUUUGUUUGCUCCCAGAGUGAAGCUGCACUUUUCACAAUAAAGGUCAACAAUGUGAGAAGGACUGAGGCCCACCAUUCAUGCAGUAGCAUUUAGUCAUUUAGAUUCAUGUCAAGGAUGUGUGACGUUACGUACAUGUUACAUUGGGUGUUAUUUCAAAAGAACUCAA